GUGCCAGAGUGUGCUUGUAAAUUCAGAGCGUUGUCAGAUUGUCCGUUUGUAAAUUCAGAGCGUUUUUUGCUCUUGGAGCGCACACUAGACGCUCGGGCCAAGGAGUAGGGUUGAUUUGAGCGUUCUGACCUUACAACGCCACCCAAGUUAACGUUGGCUAGCUUGCUAGCUACUUCCAGACACAAAUGAAACCACUUUGACCAUUUUAUUCGCCCUAGCAGACCUGGUUCGGCAGUGUUCAUGUUAUCCAGAGCGUCCUUUUGGCUAGCUAGCUAGCUAGCGGUUGCAUAGCAACAGCAUCAACUUCCGGUAGACAGGCAAAGAACUAGUACGCUCAAUUGAAAGGAUACUGUUCGUUUACAGUAUGCUAAAAUGAACUAAUAGUAUAUACUCAUUAAGUAUGUAGUACACAGUAUGUUAGUAUGGGUUUUCGAUCACAGCUUUGGUGCUUGCCCCAGUUUAAUCUAUUUACAAAACGCCGACAAGGUGCAUUGUCCUGGGCUGCAAACCACCAGUUUCCACUCUUUUCCAAAAGACUACAUCUUAUUCCGAAAAUUGGUGGAAUUCGCCUCCUUACACGAGAAUGGCGUAUUGAACGGCACUCAGAUAUGCGAGGCUCAUUUCAGCAAAGAAUGUUUUCGACUCCAUACACCGUGAAAGAGAUUGUUGUGGGAUGACGCGGUUCCCACGAUUUGUCUCAGCGAUAGCCCGAGCAGAACCGAUGCUUCUUCACCUUAUGUUAGCCAAAAGGACGAGAAGAAGCAACACAGACCGAACCAAGAAGUUCAGGAUAGAACACGCAUGGAUUAUUCUGUUAUACAGAACAGCAGGGAGCCGAAACGUGAGCUCCAGUCAAUGGAAGCCGUGAUGGAGGUUGAGGUUAAGGAGUCAGAGACGGCCAUGAUGGGUUUUAAAGAGUCAACGGAAGCCACAAUGGGCGUUAAGGAGUCAAUUUCAGCCGCAAUGGACGUGAAGGAGUCCAUGUCAGCCAUGAUGGAAGUUAAUGAGUCAGAGUCAAAAGAAGCCAUUGUGGACAUUAGGGAGUCACAGGGAGCUGUUAUGGAGCUCAAGAGGCCGUCUUCCUCCUCUGGCGGCCAGGGGCGGGACAGAGACCGGGAGUCGGACAGCUAUCUCCAGCACCUCCAGUGUCCCCACUGUCUGCUCCAGUGUAAGAGCCACUGCAGCUACCUCAUCCACAUCGCUAAGAUCCACCCAAGCCGCCUGGAUGACACGCCUGUGGGUCGCCUGGGCAACGCCAUCUUCUACCAGCGCACGGCACGGCUGUUCCACUGCAGCGUGUGUUUCCACACGGCCAGGGAGUUCCCUCGCCUCUACGACCACCUGCUCACCUGCCACUGCCUCUCUGGAAAGGGCCAGGGAGAGGGGGGAGAAGAGGGCGGUGAGGAGGGAGAAGGGGAUGAGCGUAGGGGGGAGGGGGGAGAAGAACAGGAAGGUAUCAGUGUAGACGUGCUGUCAAAAGACAGUAGUCAUCCUCCCAGUGAGCCCAAGGCAGAAGACGAGGAUGAGGACAAAGGAGGAGUGAAGCAAGAGGAGGAAGGUAGGAAAAGAGGACUAGAGGAGAUGGAGGGAGGCGAGGACAACGAAGAGGACUCCCGCUCAGCCGGCAGCCCCAUGAAACGAAAGAGAAGCUCUACGGCAGGCAGUGAGGAAGAUGAUCAUGAUGAAGAGGAAGAGGAGGAGCUACAGACCAACAACAACAAAAAAAGUGACAAACACAAAAAGCAGGAAGAGGCCUUCCUGACCAAAUAUAUCCAGCGCCAGGGGGGUCGCUACAACUGUCGCCUGUGUGGCAAGCGCUCCAAGAUGAAGGGCCAUGCCAUCUACCACGUGAGCUACAAGCACGACGUGCCCAAACCUUACUGCUGUAAAGAGUGUAGCAAGGCCUUCAUACUAGAGUAUUCACUACUCAACCAUAUCUACCACAACCACAGACAGGGCAUGUACCGCUGCCUCUUCUGCCCCUUCAGCUCUGACGUGGUGUGGGGCAUAAAACGCCAUGGCAACCGCUGCAAUGCCCGAAGCGGGGAGGGGGAGGAGGGGGAGGGCAGCAAUGGAGAAGAGUGAUUGGUUAAUGGUUGCUAACACAUACUGUACCUUGGUAAUCAGGAGAAGGGACUCUACAGCCAGGCCUACAUUAUCUAGGUUCUAGAAUCUCUUUGCAUUGUGCAUCUACUAGGCUAGUAACCCUAGGUACAGUAGAUUCCACUGUCACGGAGGUGUAGAGUCUCAGUGAAGUAUGUAUUUACUUCCUCUGUACACACAGUGAUGAAGAAUGAUGUACUUUGUCAUUCUGUUGACUUUUCCUGAUAUACUUCUGUGGAGCAGAUGGACUCAAAUGUAGAAUAUGUACUUUGUGAACUCGCAAACAGCCGUAAUAUGUACAUGACAGCAGUUGAUGACUCAUAAUGCUACACAAUGAAACUAUCAACUGACAAAACGUGUUUUUUGUGUGUGUUUUUUUACCUGCCUUUGUAUUAUCUUUAUUACCUGGGAUGUGUUUGUAUCUUGGAAAACAAUACAAUAAAAAGAAUACAUCAAUUUUA